AUGGGCAAGCGCAAGCUCAGCAAACACCGCUUCAUUGACAAGCUGCCGGCCAUACCGGCGGCUUUUGCCAGCGAAGUGCAGUUCUCAGCACCUAAGGCAAUUACGAACUACUUCAGCAAGCUGCCAGAGGGAACCCCGCUCCCCGCGCCUGCACCCCCUCCGGCGCCGAUCCCGAUCGCGCCAAAGCGCGGGCCCGGCCGUCCGCGCAAGCCAAGGACUGCACCCGCAAGGCUGCUGCCGCUGCCCUUCCGCCACUACCGCUUCGUCACCUCCACCGGCGCACCGGCGGAGCGACGGCGCCGUCACCCGUUUGGUCUCACACGGGCCCUGUACAGCGACACGGAUCUGCCGCCAAGCCAGGUGGGCGACACGGCGAUCUGGGCGGAGCCCCUCGAGAUGGGUUUCCGGUGGCGGCAGAGCGCGGGCGAGGUGCACGUGAUGGCGACGCAGACUGCUGUACUUCGCGCAUGUGUGGGGUACGUGCUUUCGCAGAUUCCCCCAGGUGUAACUGUAGCCGCGGUAACAGCUCGCGGUAGCAAAGGCAGCAGCAACAUCAGCAGCAAUGAGCGAUCUGCCGGGCCAUCCAGAAGCUUUGCGACAGGGGUGGUGGCGGUGACGCUGGUCAAAAUGCACCCCGCAGACGGUGCAAGCAGUGACGGCUGGUGGCGCCGGUGCCUGGAGGGGGCGCCGGUGGUGGCCUGGGAGGAGGUAAGCGAGCGGGACUACAGCACGCUGCCGCCCGAACGCCUCGAGGAGCUGCGGCGGCAGCAGGCAAGGCUAGAUUUGGAAGCACGCGAUGGUGGAGGAGGCGGAGACGGCGGUGGCGAUGGGAAGCAGUAG